AUGUUGAUACGUGAGAAUCCACGACGACCCUAUGAUAAGAACUACGAUUAUAUGACGUGCGUGCCGCGUGUUAUACAAAUUGCUAUCCUAAAUUUUAAUCCAGAGUCAUCUUCUGACAAAACAGUUGUCGGCGAAAAAGGCGAAAGCUCGUCCAGAGUUAUAAGUACCUCUGGACGAGAAAAUACAACAUUUGUAUUGGCUGCUAAUGCUGCUGGUAAACGAGCGCCGCCUCUAAUCAUAUUUAAAGCCAAAAACAUAUGGGAUCAAUGGAGGGCACCACCCGAGAAAGAAUAUCCCGGUACUGCAUAUGCGGCCUCUCCAAAUGGUUGGAUGGAAACAGAAAUAUUCACAAACUAUUUUGAGAAAGUCCUUAUACCUGCUUUGGGUCCUGAACGACCCGUUUUGGUCAUAUAUGAUGGUCACUCCACGCAUGUUUCUCUCAAACUAGUUGAACUUGCAUUGGCCAAGGAGAUAACCAUUAUCAAAUUGCCUGCACACACAAGUGACUUGUUGCAGCCAUUAGACGUAUCUGUUUUCAAAAGCUUUAAACAGAAAUGGGACCAAACUGUAGCCUCUUGGCAGCGACAGAACAUUGGACAAAGGCUUCCUAAAUCGCUGUUCUCACAAUUUUUAGGAGAAACUUGGCUCAUAGUUAGUGAAGAUGUCAUCAUGAGUGGUUUUAGUAAAUCAGGGAUAUACCCAUUUAAUUCUGACGUUAUCCCUAAGGGAAAUUUUUCAAAAGAGUCUUUAGAGCGCUGGGAAAAACACCAAAAAGAAACUCAAGAUACUGCUCAGGAUAAUAUAGCAUUUGUAGAAGAUGUUGAAUAUGCAGAACAUAAUGUCAAUGCCCCGUCCCCAUCAAUUUUAAGUUCAUCAGGUUUUGAAGAGGUCACUCCUAUAACUACCAACUUGGAAAACCAACCAGAUUUUACAUCACCACCAUUAGAUGCUAAAGAGAAAUUAACUUCUGAAGUCCAAAAUCUAACAGUAACAUCAUUAGAAUAG